GGUCACUCUACAUCCAUCGCUCGUCGGGACCAACAUGGCCGUGUCGUUCUGGGCGUUGCUUGAGGCUCUGCUCUUGUUCUUCAAUGCUAUCGCUGUGCUGAACGAGCAGCGCUUCCUCGCCAAGAUUGGCUGGAGCCACCAGCAGCAGCAGUCGGGAUACGGCGUCGAUUCAACCACCGCCAAAGCGCGCGUCAUGCUCCUCAUCCACGACGUCCGGAAAUACAUGCGAAUUCCACUCAUCUUGCUCAACGUCUGCGUGAUAUCACUCAAGAUUGUGCUUGGAUGAUUUUCGCUAUCUGCUUCAGAGCUUGCUGUCGACCAAAAAAAGAAAAUCACCAACUGCU